AUUGAGAAUCUGCAGGAGCAGCUGUGUGAUAAGGACAAGCAGCUGGGGAACCUGAAGGACAGGGUGAAGUCUCUACAGACUGACUCCAGUAACACUGACACUGCACUGGCCACCCUGGAGGAGGCGCUCUCUGAGAAGGUACAGAACAUAGAGAUAUAGGGCCCAGAGUUUCAUGGUAGGAGAACUUAGAACCACAAGUUCAGGUCACAUGACCUGUAUAUGCAUUACUGAGUUUAGAUGGAAAUGUGAGCAACACACAAUUGAUCAAGAACUUGCUUUCAGUGUUGUUUUGUGGCUCGACUUUCCUCUGAAGAGAGACUGUAUGUUUUCAAAAGUAAUAAGGAUUAUGAUAUAGAUAGCUCUGUUGUGGUAGACAUAAUGUGUUGUGGUAGACAUAAUGUGUUGAUGGUAGACAUAAUGUGUUGUAGUAGACAUAAUGUGUUGAUGGUAGACAUAAUGUGUUGAUGGUAGACAUAAUGUGUUGAUGGUAGACAUAAUGUGUUGUAGUAGACAUAAUGUGUUGUAGUAGACAUAAUGUGUUGUAGUAGACAUAAUGUGUUGAUGGUAGAAAUAAUGUGUUGAUGUGACAUAUGUGUGAGUACAUAAUGUGUUGUGGUAGACAUAAUGGUGUUGAGUAGACAUAAUGUGUUGUAGAUAGUAGACAUAAUGUGUUGUAGUAGAAAUAAUGUGUUGUAGUAGACUAAUGUUUUGAUGGUAAAACAUAAUGUGUUGUAGUGGGACAUAAUGGUUGAUGGUAGGACAUAAUGUGUUGAUGGUAGACAUAAGUGUUGAUGGAAAGACAUAAUGUGUGGAUGGUAGAAAAAUGUGUUGUGGUAGACAUAAUGUUUUGAUGUUAGACAAUAAUGUUUUUGUAGUAGACAUAAUGUGUGAUGGUAGACAUAAUGUGUUGUGGGUGGGACUUUAAUGUGUUGAUGGUAGACAUAAUGUGUUGAUGGUACACAUAAUGUGUUGAGGUGGGACAUAAUGUGUUGUAGUAGACAAAGUGUUGAUGGUAGACAUAAUGUGUUGAUGGUGGGACAUUAAUGUUUUGUGGUAAAACAUAAUGUGUUGAUGGUAGACAAAAAUGUGUUGAUGGUAGACAUAAGUGUUGAUGGUAGACAUAAUGUGUUGAUGUUAGACAUAAUGUGUUGAUGGUAGACAUAAUAUGUUGAUGGUAGACAUAAUGUGUUGAUGGUAGACAUAAUGUGUUGUGGUAGACAUAAUGUGUUGAUGGUAGACAGAAUGUGUUGAUAGUAAACAUAAUGUGUUGAUGGUAGACAUAAUGUGUUGAUGUUAGACAUAAUGUGUUGUAGUAGACAUAAUGUGUUGAUGGUAGACAUAAUGUGUUGAUGGUAGACAUAAUGUGUUGUAGUAGACAUAAUGUGUUUAUGGUAGACAUAAUGUGUUGUAGUAGACAUAAUGUGUUGAUGGUAGACAUAAUGUGUUGAUGGUAGACAUAAUGUGUUGAUGGUAGACAUCAUGUGUUGUAGUAGACAUAAUGUGUUGAUGGUAGACAUAAUGUGUUAUGGUAGACAUAAGGUGUUGAUGGUAGACAUAAUAUGUUGUGGUAGACAUAAUGUGUUGAUGUUAGACAUAAUGUGUUUAUGUACAGUACCAGUCAAAAGUUUGGACACACCUACUCAUUGAAGGGUUUUUCUUUAUAUGUACUAUUUUCUACAUUGUAGAAUAAUAGUGAAGACAUUAAAUAACACAUAUGGAAUAAUGUAGUAACCAAAAAAGUGUUAAAGAAAUCAAAAUAUAUUUAAUAUUUGAGAUUCUUCAAAUAGCCACCCUUUGCCUUGAUGCCAGCUUUGCACCCUCUUGGCAUUCUCUCAACCAGCUUCACCUGGAAUGCUUUUCCAACAGUCUUGAAGGAGUUCCCACAUAUGCUGAGCACUUGUUGGCUGCUUUUCCUUCACUCUGCCGUCCGACUCAUCCCAAACCAUCUCAAUUGGGUUGAGGUCGGGGGAUUGUGGAGGCUAGGUCAUCUGAUGGUACAGUGGCAAAAAAAGUAUUUAGUCAGCCACCAAUUGUGCAAGUUCUCCCACUUAAAAAGAUGAGAGAGGCCUGUAAUUUUCAUCAUAGGUACACGUCAACUAUGACAGACAAAAUGAGAUUGUUUUUCUCCAGAAAAUCACAUUGUAGGAUUUUUAAUGAAUUUAUUUGCAAAUUAUGGUGGAAAAUAAGUAUUUGGUCAAUAACAAAAGUUUCUCAAUACUUUGUUAUAUACCCUUUGUUGGCAAUGACACAGGUCAAAUGUUUUCUGUAAGUCUUCACAAGGUUUUCACACACUGUUGCUGGUAUUUUGGCCCAUUCCUCCAUGCAGAUCUCCUCUAGAGCAGUGAUGUUUUGGUGCUGUCGCUGGGCAACACGGACUUUCAACUCCCUCCAAAGAUUUUCUAUGGGGUUGAGAUCUGGAGACUGGCUAGGCCACUCCAGGACCUUGAAAUGCUUCUUACGAAGCCACUCCUUCGUUGCCCGGGCGGUGUGUUUGGGAUCAUUGUCAUGCUGAAAGACCCAGCCACGUUUCAUCUUCAAUGCCCUUGCUGAUGGAAGGAGGUUUUCACUCAAAAUCUCACGAUACAUGGCCCCAUUCAUUCUUUCCUUUACACGGAUCAGUCGUCCUGGUCCCUUUGCAGAAAAACAGCCCCAAAGCAUGAUGUUUCCACCCCCAUGCUUCACAGUAGGUAUGGUGUUCUUUGGAUGCAACUCAGCAUUCUUUGUCCUCCAAACACGACGAGUUGAGUUCUUACCAAAAAGUUAUAUUUUGGUUUCAUCUGACCAUAUGACAUUCUCUCAAUCCUCUUCUGGAUCAUCCAAAUGCACUCUAGCAAACUUCAGACGGGCCUGGACAUGUACUGGCUUAAGUAGGGGUACACGUCUGGCACUGCAGGAUUUGAGUCCCUGGCGGCGUAGUAUGUUACUGAUGGUAGGCUUUGUUACUUUGGUCCCAGCUCUCUGCAGGUCAUUCACUAGGUCCCCCCGUGUGGUUCUGGGAUUUUUGCUCACCGUUCCUGUGAUCAUUUUGACCCCACGGGGUGAGAUCUUGCGUGGAGCCCCAGAUCGAGGUUGAUUAUCAGUGGUCUUGUAUGUCUUCCAUUUCCUAAUAAUUGCUCCCACAGUUGAUUUCUUCAAACCAAGCUGCUUACCUAUUGCAGAUUCAGUCUUCCCAGCCUGGUGCAGGUCUACAAUUUUGUUUGUGGUGUCCUUUGACAGCUCUUUGGUCUUGGCCAUAGUGGAGUUUGGAGUGUGACUGUUUGAGGUUGUGGACAGGUGUCUUUUAUACUGAUAACAAGUUCAAACAGGUGCCAUUAAUACAGGUAACGAGUGGAGGACAGAGGAGCCUCUUAAAGAAGAAGUUACAGGUCUGUGAGAGCCAGAAAUCUUGCUUGUUUGUAGGUGACCAAAUACUUAUUUUCCACCAUAAUUUGCAAAUAAAUUCAUUAAAAAUCCUACGAUGUGAUUUUCGGGAUAUUUUUUUCUCAAUUUGUCUGUCAUAGUUGACGUGUACCUAUGAUGAAAAUUACAGGCCUCUCUCAUCUUUUUAAGUGGGAGAACUUGCACAAUUGGUGGCUGACUAAAUACUUUUUUUCCCCACUGUACAUUUCUUGGUAAAAUAGCCCUUACACAGCCUGGAGGUGUGUUGGGUCAUUAUCCUGCUGAAAAACAAAUGAUAGUCCCACUAAGCCCAAACCAGAUGGGAUGGCGUAUCGCUGCAGAAUGCUGUGGUAGCCAUGCUGGUUAAGUGUGCCUUGAAUUCCAAAUAAAUCACAGACAAUGUCACCAGCAAAGCAACCCCACACCAUAACACAUCCACCUCCAUGCUUUACGGUGUGAACUACACAUGCGGAGAUCAUCCGUUCACCCACACCGCAUCUCACAAAGACACAGCGGUUGCAACCAAAAAUCUCCAAUUUGGACUCCAGACCAAAGGACACAUUUUCACCUGUCUAAUGUCCAUUGCUCGUGUUUCUUGCCCCAAGCUGGUCUCUUCUUCUUAUUGGUGUCCUUUAGUAGUGGUUUCUAUGCAGCAAAAUCGACCAUGAAGGCCUGAUUCACACAGUCCCCUCUGAACAGUUGAUGUUGAGAUGUGUCUGUUACUUGAACUCUGUGAAGCAUUUAUUUGGGCUGUAAUUUCUGAGGCUGGUAACUAAUGAACUUAUUCUCUGCAGCAGAGGUAACUCUGGUCUUCCAUUCCUGUGGCGGUCCUCAUGAGAGCCAGUUUCAUCAUAGUGCUUGAUGGUUUUUGCGACUGCAAGUUCUUGAAAUGUUCCGUAUUGACUGACCUUCAUGUCUUAAAGUAAUGAUGGCCUGUCGUUUCUCUUUGCUUAUUUGAGCUGUCCUUGCCAUAAUAUGGACAUGGUCUUUUACUAAAAAGGGCUAUCUUCUGUAUACCCCCCCUACCUUGUCACAACACAACUGAUUGGCUCAAACGCAUUAAGAAGGAAAGAAAUUCCACAAAUUAACUUUUAAGAAGGCACAUCUGUUAAUUGAAAUGCAUUCCAGGUGACUACCUCAUGAAGCUGGUUGAGAGAAUGCCAAGAGUGUGCAAAGUGUCAUCAAGGCAAAGGGUGGCUAUUUGAAGAAUCUCAAAUAUAAAAUAUAUUUUGAUGUGUUUAACACUUUUGGUUACUACAUGAUUCCAUAUGUGUUAUUUCAUAGUUUUGAUGUAUUCACUAUUAUUCUACAAUGUAGAAAAAAUUGGAAUAAUAAAGAAAAACCCUUGAAUGAGUAGGUGUUCUAAAACGUUUGACUGUUGGUGUAUGUAUGUCUCUCUCUCUCAGGAGCGGAUAAUAGAGAGACUGAAGGAGCAGAGAGCGAGGGAGGACAAUGAGAGGAUGGACGAGGUAGAGUCCUAUAAGAAGGAGAACAAGGACCUCAAGGAGAAAGUCAACACCCUCCAUAUGGAAUUAACAGAGAAGGAGGUCAGUGUGUGUGUGUGCAUGUGUGUGUGCGUGUGUGUGUGUGUGUGCAUUUGCGUGUGUGUGUGCAUUUGCGUGUGUAUUUGUUUGUGAGCACAUGUGUAUUGCAUGAGCAAUUGGCAGUGAACAGUGAGCAAAAUAAUUGUACCAUUUAAAAUGCAUGGGACGCUGCUCCCUCUGGCAGUGUGACUCAGUUAGGCCUGUUCAGUGUUUCUACUGCGCUGUGCCACCUGGUCUGGACUGGUCCUAACUGUCAGUGCUGUCCCUGUCUGUCCCCCUGCAGUCCAGUCUCAUUGACCUGAAGGAGCAUGCCUCCUCCCUGGCCUCCUCCAGCCUGAAGAAAGAGUCCAAGCUAAAGUCUCUGGAGAUGGCCAUCGAGCAGAAGAAAGAGGAGUGUAGUAAGUUGGAGACACAGUUACAGAAGGUAGGUGUCCUAGCACUGCAUCACUUAAAAGUGUCAAUGGAAGUGGGGAAUACAUGGCUGGGAUUCAAAGAUACAGCAUUCUCCCAGAGGCCUUUGCGGUUUCAUUCUGAUGUCUAUUUUGUAAACUAGCAAUGACCACCUGAACAACUCAUUUGGGACGGCCUCAGUGAUUUAGUCUGUCACAGUUAAAAUCACUGUUAGAAUCCCUGCUAAAUGGAUGGAGAGGAUUUAUAGUAACACUGUAUGGUACAGAGCUUACUUAUGUUUGAUAAUGGAGAUGAACCUACAGUGCAUUGUGCACAGUUCAGCCAGUAUAAGUGGUUCAAUGGAACAAGUGGAAGAGAUCCCUUUUAUACCAUGAUAAUCUCCUCUACUAAUCUGCUUCUCUUCAGUUGCAUUUUUACAAUUCAGUCUAAACCUGCAGUAUGUAGACAGUGUUAUACCUGUAUGGCUGAUGAAGACUUUUACUUUACCCUGCAUCAAGUCCAGCUGGCAGGGAUAGUCACAUUAAAAGGGAAGUUCAGUAUUGCAUGUUUUCCCUUAUCACUUACAUUGAUUUUUAGCUAGCUGUGGCUAAAGUUAGCUGAAGUUUGUAGUGGCUGUUUAAAGAAAACCGAACCAUGUAUUACAGAUUCUCCUGGCCCAUAGACUACUUUCAGUACGAGGAACCAUCUUACAUUAGGUUGGAAAAUACUGAACUUCCCAUUUAAACCACAAAUUAUUCAAGCAUGUUUCAUUAAUCCAAUUUUUGAAGAAAAAAAUAAUUAUUCAUUGCUAUAAUACAGUAACAUCCUCAAUUCAAUACCAUUUUGGUUACAACCCGGUUAUGUGUGCUAUCCCUGCUGGUUACUGGACUUGAGCGUGUGUAAAGCUGCCAUGUUCUAUCUGUCAUGGUUGAUAACAGGGUUGGGGUCAAAUUCGAAAAGGAGGUAGUCAAUUCAGGAAGUGAUUUGAAUUUAAACUUUAAACAUUGAACAUCUUUUGAAAUAAAUAGCUUCUACUUUUAAGUGUAUUGAGAAGUCAAUGAAAAUACUGUAGAUGGCUUUUUGAUCAAUUAUUGAAUUGGAAUUUCAGUUUACUUCCUGAAUUGACUGCCUUCAAUUCAACUUAAACAAAACCCUGGUGGAUCAUUUUGAAGCAUUCUCUACUAUUAGCAUGUCUGAUAUAUACCACCUCAUCAGUCCCUGCCAACACACAUCCUUUUUACAAUGCUGCUGCUGCUACUAUUACACACAUACACAACGCUGUAGCAACAUUGUGAAAACGUCCAAUCCUCCAUAAAUUCCCUGCUUGUUAAAACCCUCUUAUCAACGGAAUCAAAUAAUGUUGUUUUGACUUCCUAUAGUGAUAGACUGGAAAAACUAAAUCAGAGUAUUCCGCAUUUAAUUAACUUACUAACUGGAUACUAUUGGACCAGUUAUGUCUGGUCGUCACUAGUUACCACAAUCACAAAGUAAUAAACCCUGCCUAUUUCUACAGUUUCUCUCCUUAAAAUCUAUUUUUUUUUAAACCUAACCUCAACCCUAACCUUAACCAUAAUGCUAACCUUAUGCCUAACCCUAACCUUAAAUACAUUUUUGUUUUCAUACAUUUUUACAAUGUAGCCAAUUUUGACUUUGUGGCUGUGAUAAUUAGUGGAAACCGUUAUGUCUGGAUAACGUUCAGAUAAUGUUCCUACGACACCGUAGAACCACUAAGAUGGGGAGCUGAGAUGUCCAUCAGAUCUCCCCCUUGUGUCCCUCUGUCCCAUAACCACCCAUUCUGUAUCCUCCUCCUCCUCACUCCUCCUCCUCCUCACUCCUCCUCCUCCUCCUCCUCCUCCUCCUCCUCCUCCUCCUCCUCCUCCUCCUCCUCCUCCUCCUCCUCCUUCCUCUGUUCCUCUCCAGUGGUGCUAGCUGUCUCAACCAUAGAAAUAAAAUUACCAAAAUCAAGUCAAUGUUCCAUGAUGGGUAGACCGGCUUCCGAAUUGUGUGUAAUUUUAUUUAUAUGGUCUCAACAUACUGUUCAACAUGUACAGUAACAUGUACAUUAAACAUGUUCUCUAUAUUGAUACUGCUUUAACAUGUAACAUGUAGGCUAACAUGUAACAUAUUUGUUCUUAGCCUGGUCCCAGAACUGUCUGUUUGGCAUGACAAAGACCAUAGGAGUUGGCAAGACAGCACAAACAGAUCUGGUACCAGGCUAGUCUGUUCUACCCUGAUCCCGCUGUUUCUACUCUCCUCUGGCUAAUGGAGCUACAUGCUAAUGCUAUCUUCCCCGGUCUCCCCCCUCCCCCUCCCUCCUCAUCUCCCCACUUCACCACCUUCCUUUGCAAUGUAGCAAGCAGAGCAGCUGUUCAGUCAGAUGAACAACCCUGUAAGUCCUUCUUUGCUCUGUCCGGAGCUCUCUGUGGUGGCAUUUAUUGAAAGCAUGAGGACACCCACCAAAAGCUACUCUAAAAUCCUGGAACAUGCUAGCUAGCUAGUGGGUAAUUAUGCCAUGGUCACAUGGUCUCAGUCCCACUGUCCCUGGUAUCUCUUUCAGAUAAUGUAGAUGCAUGUUGACCUUUGCACUGUAUAAGUAUGAUUUCGCUUUCCAACUACACACAUAUUAGCCUCUGUUCUGGGUGAACACAGUGUGAGGUGAGCAUUUAGCUUAGCAUUUAGCUUAACAUUUAGCUUAGCAUUUAGCUUAUCUUAGCAUAGCUUGCUAUCUGUAUGAACACACAGUUUGGGUUCUGUUUCUUUGCAUCCUGAUAGAUAGCCUAAUCUACCGUUGUUGCUCAACCCUUGGUCUCUGUUAGAAAGAAUUGUAUUAAGACUUGUACAAUGGUGAUAUAAUGUGUUUUUCACUGUGGUCGAAGCUUCAAAGCAAAAAAAAAGGGAGUUAUGGAUAGUUUCUUCUUCUAUAGUGUUCUCACAUCCGGCAUCAUGACUUAUGACUGAUAGUAAGAUACCAAGAUAUCAAUCAGCUCUGUACCAUUAUUUUAACAAACUCUGAAUUAAUAAUCAACACAUUUUUGUCUAACUGUAGGCCUUGCAUACCUGUAUAGGGCCUAUAGGUGUGUGUCCCAAACAGCAGCCUACUCCCUAUAUAGUGCACUACUUUUGACCAGGGCCCAAAGGCUAGUCUUAUCAGUUAGAGGUAAAAAUGUAUGCACACAUGACUGUAAGUCGCUUUGGAUCAAAGCGUCUGCUAAAUGGCAUAUUAUAUUAUAUUAUAGAGGGACACAACUGACGCCACCCACCGCUGAGACCUUUAGAUUCCCCGAAACUGUUGGUGCUUACCUUACUCCUCAUGCUUGAAAUAUGUCACUUGUUGUCACUGCUGGAUUGUCCUGACUCUGUUCAUAGGGAAAGCAUUGCAAAGAUUGUCUUCUCAGCUGUGUUGGUUUGCAUGCUAUGAUUGGUCCUCCUUGUUAUCGCACGCUUUGUUUUAUCGUCACCGUUUGGCUCCCUUCACUGUCUACAUGUUAAUAAGUGGUCAAUAGAACAGAGGUGUAAUAUUAAACUUCUAACACUGGCAAUGGUUGAUGUGGCUCAAUGUGGUGAUCUAUAUUUAUCUAGUCAUGCUCUCUCGUUGUGUUAGGUCUAUUGUGUUGCUCUGUUGUGUUAGGUCUGUUGUGUUGGUCUGUUGUGUUAGGUCUGUUGUGUUAGGUCUGUUGUGUUAGGUCUGUUGUGUUAGGUCUGUUGUGUUGGUCUGUUGUGUUAGGUCUGUUGUGUUGGUCUGUUGUGUUAGGUCUGUUGUGUUGGUCUGUUGUGUUAGGUCUGUUGUGUUGGUCUGUUGUGUUAGGUCUGUUGUGUUAGGUCUGUUGUGUUGGUCUGUUGUGUUGGUCUGUUGUGUUGCUCUGUUGUGUUGCUCUGUUGUGUUGCUCUGUUGUGUUGCUCUGUGACUGUCAGCAUUGCCGAUGUGAUGUCUCAGAUGUGUUGUAACUUAGACACACUAGAGGUGAUGAGGUGUGAUUUUCCAUAGAGAUAUGAGAGGAGAGGCCUCCUGUAGCUCAGUUGGUAGAGCAUGGCGCUUGCAACGCCAGGGUUGUGGGUUCGAUUCCCACGGGGGGCCAGUAUGAAAAAUGUAUGCACUCACUAACUGUAAGUCGCUCUGUUUAAGAGCGUCUGCUAAAUGACUAAUGUAAAAAUGAGAGUGAUUCUACCAAGUGAUUAUAACUAGUGCCUGAAUUCACAAAGCAUCUCAGAGUAGGAGUGCUGACCUAGGAUCUGUUUAAUAUUUUAGAUCAUAAUGAAUACGAUUAUAUUGUCAGGUGAGGACCUGAUCCUAGAUCAGCACUCCUACUGGGAGAUGCUUUGUGGAUACAGGCCCUGGUCCUGUCCUUCCUGUACACACGGGGCCUGUUUCCCCAACCCAGAUUAAUCCUGCUUCUGGACUAAAAUAAAUGUAUGAUAAAUGUUGAAUCUCCAUUGAAAGUGCUCUUUUGACCAGGACUAGGCUUAAUCUGUUUCUGGGAAAUUGGCCCACAGUCUGCUUUGGCUCCUAAAAAGUUAUUGUUAUGAGGUCAGCAAGUCUGUAAGAACCUACUCAGGUAAACGAAUGAUACUAAAUGACAGAUGUACAAAUCUCAACUGUUCCAUAUCGCUUGUUUUUCUUGUUAGCAUUAGCAUAUUGUAACAGGCACAAGUAGCCUUCAGUUCCAAUCACUCUGGUACAGUAGUCUCACAGGACUGGUUAAUUUAAUGGAGCUAAAUAACAGUCUCAGUCAGAGCUAAUGAGCCAUAGCAGUACUGAUGUCCCCUGUUCACUAUGCUUUAUUCAUACAGUACAGAGAGAGGGAAAGAGGGAGAGAGAAGCGAGAGGCGAGUGAGUAGUUCAUUAAAGACACUGACUAACUGUGGAGCUUGUCUGUUCUGGGUUAUCUCCCCUUUCUCCUAUUUGUGUGAGUUGGUGCGUGCAUGCCUGUGCGUGUGUUCCAUGCAUGCGUACGUGUGUGUGUUCAUUCCUGCCUCCAUUUGUGUGUGUGUGUGUUUUUCCCCAUAUCCAUGACCAUGCAGAAGGCCCAUGAGGUCCAUGAGGUCCAGCAGCAGCAGCAGGUGGGGCUGGGCUCCAGGGGGAACCCAGAGUAUGUGGAGCGGGAGCGGGAGCAGCGAGUCAAGCUCCUAGAGAAGGAGGUUUCCUACUACAAGGAGGAGUCUGGCAAGGCCCAGGCCGAGGUGGAUAGGCUACUAGCCAUCCUCCGAGAGGUGGAGACUGAGAAGAAUGACAAGGAUAAGAAGAUCGCCGAGCUGGAAAGGUAACUGGGCUAUACUACCCUUAGCUUUACAUUUCUAUGGUACUCAGCAGAAGUGUUAUAUAUAUUUACAGAUAUGUCAAGUAUGUAGGUGGUCCUCUGUAGCUCAGCUGGUAGAGCACGGCGCUUGUAACGCCAAGGUAGUGGGUUCGAUCCCCGGGACCACCCAUACACACAAAAAAAAAUGUAUGCACGCAUGACUGUAAGUCGCUUUGGAUAAAAGCGUCUGCUAAAUGGCAUAUUAUUAUUAUUAUAAUAGAUAAAUAUAUUGAUGUUGAGGAGUUGGAGGUGUGGCGUAAGUAUGGAAGUGCUAUGGAUGGAUAGAGAAACAGACAGAAUUAUAGAUAAAUAUAAACAUAUUUGUUGAACUGAUUAUCAGACUAACACCAUAUCCCCGGGUUAACGUCUAAGGCAAUACUAUUACUUACUGUUAAUGCAAUGUUUGAAAGUCUUAUUUAAUCACUACAAAUCACUUGAUUGAGUCACAGUAUGAAUGGGGGUUUUGAUCGUUUUUUUGUGAGCAAGCAAGGCUAUGGGUGAAACUCCUACAAUGUGCAGCGAAGGUCAUUGUAUUUGUAUGAAAAUGCACUGGAUGUGAGGGUCCUCUCCAAAAGGCCUUGUGUUGACUGCUUUAUUGCUAUGCGUUGUUUCUGUAACUCUGUGCAAGUUGGCUUUAAUGUGCUCUUGUGUAGUUAAUGUACUCUCUCAUCCUGUCUUUGUUGAUAUAUGGAUGUUACGUCAUCCUGUAAAUCCCCCCCCGCCCGCCCGGGUAUUGUGCUGACUGAAAUCUACAUCCUGCUUAUAGAGUAUUGAUGAAUAUUUUAGUGUAAAAUAUUGCAGAAAAUGGUGGGUCAAACUGUAUGUGCUCGCCACAUGAGCGCCCCCUGGCAAUAAUACGGUGCCAUUGCAUUUCAGUGUGUCAUACUCAUGCUGUGACUGAUUCAUUUAACUGAGUGUUUCUGUCCUUCUUUACCAUCUUCGCCCAAAUCUUCCCCCCUUUAUAUUUUCCUUGUUCAUGCCAACGUCUCCUUUUUCCCUCUCUCCCUUCUUCCGUGUCACCUCUCUCUCUCUCUCUCUCUCUGUAUCUCCCCAACACUUUCCCCUCACCCUCCUCCUCACGCUCCUCCUCCUAUUCCCCCUGGCACAGCCCCCCUCACCUUUCCCCUGUCCCUCGCCCUGGCUUCGGCCUUGGCCCCGGCUCUGGCCCCGUCCCUCGUCACGGUCCCGGUGGUAGAGCUCCCCCUGACCCGCUCCCCCCUGUGUCCGCUGCCCCCCAGCAGAUUGGGGGCAUGGUGUGGGACUUCCUGGGAAAGUGAGUGCUCUGCCCCUGGCACUUCAGCUCGGCUGCCCUCGUGGUUUACGUCUGCGACUGCACCUGCAUCUGGUCUCACCUGUUCAUUUCUUUGGUUUGAUUUGGAAGCCCAUCGGCCCAUCCAUGUUAUGUAAAGAUCACUAGAUCUGUUGUGCAAAUUUUACAGCAGAAGUCUUGUCUGCACCGGUGUGUGUGUAUCUUAUGUUGUCUGUGCAUGUCUUCAGCCUGCUUCUCCACCCGUGUCUGCACACACUUUAUGACUCAGUAACUAAGGUGAGAAUGGGCAAUUGAAAACAAGCAAUGUUAUAUAUGACUAAACAAACUAUAUCAAAAACCAAUCAUCUACAUUAGCAUGUAUGAAUAAAUACUUAAAUAUUUGUAUUAAUACUGAACUAAUACUGUAUGCAUUAGAUUUUACAUAUAAAAGCCAUAAGGACGUCAUAUAUUUCUCAUAUACAGUAUGUAAGUUUCAACACAUACAGUGCAUUCAGAAAGUAUUCAGACCCCUUGACUUUUUCCAAAUUUUAUUCUAAAAUGGAUUCAUUAUGUAUUUUUUCUCAUCAAUCUACACACAAUAACCCAUAAUGACAAAGCAAAAACAGGUUUCUAUAAAUGUUUGCAAAUGUAUUAAAAAUAAACAUCAGAAAUACCUUAUUUACAUAAGUAUUCAAUCCCUUUGCUAUGAGACUCGAAAUUGAGGUCAGGUGCAUCUUGUUUCCAUUGAUCAUCCUUGAGAUGUUUCUACAACUUGAUUGGAGUCCACCUGUGGUAAAUUCAAUUGAUUGGACAUGACUUGGAAAGGCACACACCUGUCUAUAUAAGGUCCAACAGUUGACAGUGCAUGUCAGAGCAAAAUUUCAAGCCAUGAGGUCGAAGGAAUUGUCCAUAGAGCUCCGAGACAGGAUUGUGUCGUGGCACAGAUCUGGGGAAGGGUACCAAAAAAUGUCUGCAGCAUUGAAGGACCCCAGGAACACAGUGGCCUCCAUCAUUCUUAAAUGGAAGACGUUUCGAACCACCAAGACUCUUCCUAGAGCUGGCUGCCCGGCCAAACUGAGCAAUAGGGGGAGAAGGGCCUUGGUCAGGGAGGUGACCAAGAACCCGAUAGUCACUCUGACAGAGCUCCAGAGUUCCUCUGUGGAGAUGGUAGUACCUUCCAGAAGGACAACCAUCUCUGAAGCACUCCACCAAUCAGGUCUUUAUGGUAGCGUGGCCAGACGGAAGCCACUCCUCAGUAAAAGGCACAUGACAGCCCGCUUGGAGUUUGACAAAAGGCACCUAAAGGACUCUCAGACCAUGAGAAACAAGAUUCUCUGGUCUGAUGAAAUUAAGAUUGAACUCUUUGGCCUGAAUACCAAGCGUCACAUCUGGAGGAAACCUGGCACCAUCCCUACGGUGAAGCAUGGUGGUGGCAACAUCAUGCUGUGGGGAUUUUUUUCAGCGGCAUGGACUGGGAGACUAGUCAGCAUCGAGGGAAAGAUGAACGGAGCAAAGUACAGAGAGAUCCUUGAUGAAAACCUGCUUCAAAGCGCUCAGGACCUCAGACUGGUGCGAAGGUUCACCUUCCAACAGGACAACGACCCUAAGCACACAGCCUAGACAACACAGGAGUGGCUUCGGGAGAAGUCUCUGAAUGUCCUUGAGUGGCCCAGCCAGAGCCCCGGACUUGAACCCGAUCGAGCAUCUCUGGAGAGACCUGAAAAUAACUGUGCAGUAACGCUCCCCAUCCAACUUGACAGAGCUUGAGAGGAUCUGCAAAGAAGAAUGGGAGAAACUCCCCAAAUACAGGUGUGCCAAGCUUGUAGCGUCAUACCGAAGAAUACUUGAGGCUGUAAUCGCUACCAAAGGGGCUUCAACAAAGUAUUGAGUAAAGGCACUGAAUGCUUAUACAAAUGUGAUAUUUCAGUUUUUUUUUUUAUACGUGCAAACAUUUCUAAAAAACAGUUUUUGCUUAGUGAUUAUGGGGUAUUGUGUGUAGAUUUCAUCCAUUUUAGAAUAAGGCUGUAACGUAACAAAAUGUGGAAAAAGUCAAGGGGUCUGAAUACUUUUCGAAUGCAUAUCAUAUGUAUUCCUUUCAUUUCCUGGAUGAUAUUUCAUUUGACAGUCCUGUUAUGUCCCUUUACCAUGAACUCACUCUCAUUACAACAGAGUACCAUUAUAGGAUCUGUACUGUAGCAAAUGCACAUAUUGUACAUGUACCUUACACAUAUACAAUAACCAGACACUGAUUCCACACACACACACAUGCACACACUCACACACACACUUUUUUUCUGUGGCCUUUUGUGUGUUGGCUGUUUGGUGUAGCUUCGGUACACUCUUAGAAAAAAGGGUUCCAGAAGGGUUCUUCGUCUGUCCCCAUAGGAUAAUCCUUUUUGGUUCCAGGGGAAAGUGUUCUACAAAGGGUUCUCCUAUGGGAAUAGCUGAAGAACCAUUUUAGGUUCUAGAUAGGACCUUCCUACACUCUUAGAAAAAAAGGAACCCUUUGAAGAAGCCUUUUUGGUUCCAGGUAGAACCCUUUUGGUUCCAGGUAGGACCCUAUUGGGUUCCAUGUAGAACCCUUUCCCCUGGAACCAAAAAGGAUUCUCCUAUGGGGACAGACGAAGAACCCUUCUGGAACCCUUUUUUCUAAGAGUGUAGGAAGGUCUUUAGAGCUGAGUCCUUCUCCUGCUGUGAGCAUGCUGCUUCCCCUGCUCAUUCCUACCCCGCAUCUGACCACCUUCACCCCAAACCCUCCCCCAGAACCAACCUCACCCUUCGAUGUUCUGAUACCAUCACCCCUCCCCAGAACCACCCUCAACCUUCACUGCUCCGAUACCUCCACCCCUAACCCUCCCCCAGAACCACCCUCACCCUUCUCUGUUCCGAUACCUCCACCCCUCCUCCAGAACCAUCCUCAUCCUUCACUGCUUCGAUACCUCCACCCUACUACUAACAGUGACUCCCACCUUCUCUACACUGACCUAUGCCCUGCUCUCCCCUGCCCUCUCCCCUUCCCUAUCCAGCUUGCUGUGCCCGAUGUAAAUGCUAGCUCUCAGCCUAGUAGCCUGGCCUGCAUGACUAGAGCUGCUGUGCUCCAGGUCAACAGUGUUUUGCUCUGUGAGUGAGCUGUUUAGUAGGUAGGGUCUGUAUGUACUGUCCCCCUCUGUCUGGCUGUCUGCCAUGGCUCCCUUGACUGGUUCCCUUGACUGGUUCCCUUGCUGCCUUGCCCACUUGGUCUCCUCUCCUCCUUGCUGUUUAGUAUACUAGCUCUCUCGUCCCCCCCCCCCCCCCCCUCCUACUAGUCUACCCUCGCUCACUCCCCCUCUCUCUAUCACGGCUAGUGUCCUCUGUCCCCUCUGUCUGACUGACUGCAUGCCCGGCCCACACUCACAGGCUAUGCAGCCAGCAGCUAAUACAAAGACAUACAGGGUUCUAACCUGGCUGUCAGAGGAGAAGGUGUAUCCUGUGCAUCCCGCGUUAGCUAUGUCCGUUAGGCUGCUGUGUCUUCCAGUGACUGUCUCUCAUUGGUGCCUCUGAUGAUGAUGAUGAUGAUGAUGAUGAUCUUUCCCUGUCUGUUUCUGACUGUGUACACUCUGACCUAUUCUGGUUCUGGGUCCUCGGUUGUCCUUCUUCUUGUCUGAUUCUAAUGUUUUAUUUUUUUACUCUUCUCCUCCUGUCUCCUGUGUCUGUCCACUGUUUCCUCUUGUCCUGCCAUCCCUCCUUACACCUCCUCCUCCUCUUCCUCCUCUUCCUCCACUCUUCCGUCUGCAGCCUAGCUCCCAGGUAAGUAGCGAACCUUCAUUAGCACCCCCCCAUCUCCCCCCCCACCACCACCAGCCCCAUCCCUUCACCUGAGAGGUGCGACUCCCCCCUACUAUUCUAACUCUGGUGCCUAAACCUGUGAGCCAUUUCAGAGAUCUCUAAACAUAUUAACAUGGACAUGUAUAUGUCUCAUCUGUGUCUCAUGUCUCCUGAAUGUUGUUCAUUGGUUUUAGAUUCAAAUUUCAGUGUCAGUUACAGUACCUGUAUGUCUAACCUGAGUUUCUUGAUGUGCCAUAUAUAUACUGAACAAAAAUAUAAAUGUAACAUGCAACAAUUUCAAAGAUUUUACUGAGUUACAGUUCAUAUAAGGAAAUCAGUCAAUUGAAAUUAAUUCAUAAGCCCCUAAUCUAUGGAUUUCACAUGACUGGGAAACAGAUAUGCAUCUGUUGGUCAAGGAUGCCUUAAAAAAAAGGUAGGGGCGUGGAUCAGAAAACCAGUCAGUAUCUGGUGUGACCACCAUUUGCCUCAUGCAGCACAACAUAUCUCCUUCCCAUAGAGUUGAUCAGGCUGUUGAUUGUGGCCUGUGGAAUGUUGUCCCACUCCUCUUCAAUGGCUGUGCGAAGUUGCUGGAUAUUGGCGGGAACUGGAACACGCUGUCGUACACGUCGAUCCAGAGCAUCCAAAACAUGCUCAAUGGCUGACAUAUCUGGUGAGUAUGCAGGCCAUGGAAGAACUGGGACAUUUUCAGCUUCCAGGAAUUGUGUACAGAUCCUUGCGACAUGGGGCCAUGCAUUAUCAUGCUGAAACAUGAGGUGAUGGCAGCAGAUGAAUGGCACGACAAUGGGCCUCAAGAUCUCGUCACAGUAUCUCUGUGCAUUCAAAUUGCCAUCUAUAAAAUGGCAAUUUGUUCAUUGUCUGUAGCUUAUGCCUGCCCAUACCAUAACCCCACCACCACCAUGGGGCACUCUGUUCACAACGUUGACAUCAGCACACCGCUCGUCCACGUGAUGGCAGACAAUGCUGUCUGCCAUCUGUAACGCUGUCUGCCAUCUGCCCGGUAGAGUUGAAACCGGGAUUCAUCCGUGAAGAGUACACUUCUCCAGCAUGACAGUGGCCAUCGAAGGUGAGCAUUUGCCCACUGAAGUCAGUUACGACGCCGAACUGCAGUCAGGUCAAGACCCUUGUGAGGACGACGAGCACACAGAUGAGCUUCCCUGAGAUGGUUUCUGACAGUUGGUGCAGAAAUUCUUCGGUUGUGAAACCAACAGUCUCAGACGAUCCCGCAGGUGAAGAAGCCGGAUGUAGAGGUCCUCGGCUGGCGUGAUUUCACGUGGUCUGCGGUUGUGGAGCCGGUUGGACGUACUGCAAAAUUCUCUGAAAUGACAUUGGAGGCGGCUUGUGAUAGACAAAUUAACAUUAAAUUCACUGGCAACUGCUCUGGUGGACAUUCCUGCAGUCAGCAUGCCAAUUGCACGCUCCCUCAAAACUUGAGACAUCUGUGACAUUGUUAUGUGACAAAACGCACAUGUUAGAGUGGCUUUUUAUUGUCCCCAGCACAAGGUGCACCUGUGUAAUGAUCAUGCUGUUUAAUCAACUUCUUGAUAUGCCACACUUGUCUGGUGGAUGGAUUAUCUUGGCAAAGGAGAAAUGCUCACCAACAGGGAUGUAAACAAAUUUGUGGACAAAAUGUGAGAAAAAUAAGCUUUUUGUGCAUGUGGAAAAUUUCAGCUAUCUUUUAUUUCAGCUCAUGAAACACGGGACCAACACUUUAUUUUGUUCAGUGUAUAUACAGUUGAAGUUGGAAGUUUACAUACACUUAGGUUGGAGUCAUUAAAACUAUUUUUUCAACCACUCCACAAAUUUCCAGUUAACAAACUACAGUUUUGGUAAGUCGGUUAGGACAUCUACUUUGUGCAUGACACAAGUAAUUUUUCCAACAAUUGUUUACAGACAGAUUAUUUCACGUAUAAUUCACUGUAUCACAAUUCCAGUGGGUCAGAAGUUUACAUACACUAAGUUGACUGUGCCUUUAAACAGCUUGGAAAAUUCCAGGAAAAGAUGGCUUUAGAAGCUUCUGAUAGGCUAAUUGACAUAAUUUGAGUCAAUUGGAGGUGUACCUGUGGAUGUAGUUCAAGGCCUACCUUCAAACUCAGUGCCUCUUUGCUUGACAUCAUGGGAAAAUCAAAAGAAAGCCAAGACCUCAGAAAAAAGAUUGUAGACCUCCACAAGUCUGGUUCAUCCUUGGGAGCAAUUUCCAAACGCCUGAAGGUACCACGUUCAUCUGUACAAACAAUAGUAUGCAACUAUAAACACCAUGGGACCACACAGCCGUCAUACUGCUCAGGAAGGAGACGCGUUCUGUCUCCUAGAGAUGAAAGUACUUUGGUGCGAAAAGUGCAAAUCAAUCCCAGAACAACAGCAAAGGACCUUGUGAAGAUGCUGGAGGAAACAGGUACAAAAGUAUCUAUAUCCACAGUAAAACAAGUCCUAUAUCAACAUAACCUGAAAGACCGCUCAGCAAGGAAGAAGCCACUGCUCCAAAACCGCCAUAAAAAAGCCAGACUACGGUUUGCAACUGCACAUGAGGACAAAAAUCAGACUUUUUGGAGAAAUGUCCUCUGGUCUGAUGAAACAAAAAUAUAACUGUUUGGCCAUAAUGACCAUCUUUAUGUUUGGAGGAAAAAGGGGGGAAACUUGCAAGCCGAAGAACACCAUCCCAACCGUGAAGCACGGGGGUGGUAGCAUCAUGCUAUGGGGGUGCUUUGCUGCAGGAGGGACUGGUGCACUUCACAAAAUAGAUGGCAUCAUGAGGAAGGAAAAUUAUGUGGAUAUAUUGAAGCAACAUCUCAAGACAUCAGUCAGGAAGUCUUCCAAAUGGACAAUGACCCCAAGCAUACUUCCAAAGUUGUGGCAAAAUGGCUUAAGGACAACAAAGUCAAGGUAUUGGAGUGGCCAUCACAAAGCCCUGACCUCAAUACUAUAGAACAUUUGUGGGCAGAACUGAAAAAGCAUGUGCGAGCAAGGAGGCCUACAAACCUGACUCAGUUACACCAGCUCUGUCAGGAGGAAUGGGCCAAAAUUCACCCAACUUAUUGUGGGAAGCUUGUGGAAGGCUACCCGAAACGUUUGACUCAAGUUAAACAAUUUAAAGUCAAUGCUACCAAAUACUAAUUGAGUGUAUGUAAACCUCUGACCCACUAUUUACCUAUAAAGUACAGUAAACAAAGUAUUAGUAAUGCCUCAAAAGUUGAUUCCCCAACCCAAAGGGACGUAGGAACCAUUGGUACCGGAAGUUCUGCUUGUGGUGCAGUAAGACGGUGACUAGUAUGAUAGAGGAUUGAACUCUGACCCAAUCUGUGGUUCUCCAUCCAGGCAGACCAAGGAGCAGGUUACUAAGAAGGGGGGUCCCAACCUCAAACUGGGCCCCCAGGGAGACAAGAAGCCUGGUCAGAUAAUGGGGGACCCUCGAAAGGACAACACCAUGGACCUUGGUCAGCAUAUAAAGGUCUGUUUAUAAAGUGUGCGUGUGUGCUUGCAUGUCUGUGUGAGUGCCUACUUCUUUGCAUGCAUGUGUCUUUCUGUGAGACAUAGAAAAUACAGUAUGUCUGUAAUUCCUGUGUGUGUAUGUGUGUCAGCUGGAGGAGAUGGUGAACACCCUAGAGAGGACCAGACAGGAGCUGGACGCUACCAAGCAGCGCCUCUCGUCUACCCAGCAGUCCCUGCAGGAGAGGGACGGUAACCUGACCAACAUGAGACAGGAGCGCAGGAAACAGCUGGAGGAAAUCCUGGAGAUGAAGUAAGUCACGGGAUGUCGUGCUGUACAUCAGCAGAGCAAUGAAACAUGUUCAUAUUCAUGUUCAUAUUCUGUUUAACAAUGGUUAUCAAAAAGAGCUGCAGUCAAAUCAUUCAAAUAGGUCAAGGAUAUAAAGCAGAACUGGCUUGGUCGUGUGAAUGCUCAAAUGCCAUGUCAAUACUUUUUUGUUUCUCUUAAAUAGAGAGAAAUGGUUAAAGAUGCUAUCUUCAGAUAUGGGAAAGAUGCAUGUUUUGUCUCAGCUGUGCUGACUGGUAUCUUUCUCUCUUGUCUGUCUAUAGACAACAGGCCCUGCUGGCAGCCAUCAGUGAGAAGGAUGCUAACAUCGCCCUGCUAGAGCUGUCUGCCUCUGGGAAGAAGAAGACCCAGGAAGAGGUUCUGGCUCUGAAGAGGGAGAAGGACAGAUUAAUGCACCAGCUAAAACAGCAGGUCAGGCCUGGUGACACAACUCAGGUAGCCAUUAUAUUCAACCUUUACUCAGGGUCCAUUCCAUUUCAAUUAAGUCAAUUCAGUAAGUAAACUGAAAUUUUAAUUGGAAUUGGAAUUUCAGUUUACUUCCUGAAUUGACUGAAUUAAAAUGGAAUUGACUCCAACCCUGCCUUUAUGUACACAGGUUUGUCUCAUUGAGAUCCAAAAAUAAUAUUUUGCAGGAAGGACCUGCUCACGAUAGAAGCAGUUGUUCCGUUAUAAGCUUAUUUCAGCUACUCAGUUGCUACUCUCUCGCUGCUAACUCAAUCAAGUCCUUCCAUUCAUAAUGACUAACUCAGUGUUUGGGUCUCUCGUGUUAAAUUGUAGCACUUACGUUUUUGUGUUUUAUUCCACAGACACAGAGCAGGAUGAAGCUAAUGGCAGACAACUAUGAAGACGACCACUACCACCCCCAUACCCCCUUCCAUGCCCAACCCCAGCAACCCCACCCGGGUCCCCAGCCUCAGCCACAGUCCCCCCAGCACCAGUACCAGCAUCCUCCACAUCCCCAGCAGCAGCAGCAGCCCCCGUACCCCCAUGCCCCACACCCCCAGCACCCCCAGCCCCCACCCCAACAACACCCUCACCCCCAGCAGCCUCAACAGCAGUACCCCCCUCACCCCCAACAGCACCCGCAGGGGCACCCCCAACAGCACCUGCAGGGGCACCCCCAACAGCCCCCACCCCAGCACCAACACCAACCACGGCCUCAGCACCCGCUGCAAGCCCAGCACCCACACUCACAACAACAACACCCCCACCCAGGACAGCAUCCCCACGGGCCUCCGCCACAGCAGCAGCACCCCCACCCCCAACAGCACCCACAGCAGCACCCUCACGGCUCCCCGCAGCAAGCCCCCCACCCCCAGCACCCACACCCCCAGCACCCCCAGCAGCACCCCCAUCACUCUCCCCAUGCCCCGCAACAGCAAGGCGGGCACCCCCGCCACCCACCCCCACACCACCGUGGAGGACCAGGGCCUGCCAGAGGACCCCCCCAUGCCGGCCACCGCCCCUCCCACGACCAGGUCACUUGUCUCCCUUUCUUGUGUUUACAAUCAGGGGCUUGAUUCAUAAAGCAUCUCAGAGUAGCAGUGCUGAUCUAGGGUCAUAUUAAUUAUGCAAAACUGAGACGUUUUAUGACUACGGGCCCAGAACUCUGAUUGUAAGGCUUUUACUCUUUGUAGCUACUAAAGUGGUGCACGUACUCUACUUAUUCAAAGCCAUAUUCUCUUAUUUACUCAGAAUGUAUUGCAUUGCCAUUGCCAACUCUAAAGAGAACCCUUUAAAUGGUUGACAUUAUGGCAAAUAUUUAGGUCCAUUAUGUUUUUGCAAUAACAGAUGUUUUUGCGGACAAUAUUAGACAAAAAGCAGGCUGUCCCUCUGUAUCCUGUCCUCCUUGUGGUGUGGUGGUCUAAUGGCCAGAGUGUGCAUCGUGCGUCUAAAUCUAUGUUUAGAUGAACUCUAAGGCUGCGUCUCAAAUGGCACCCUAUUCCCUGUACUGCACUGCUUUUGACCAGAGCCCUGUGAGAACUCUACUGCAGUGCCUUCCUGGUGGGAGGUCAAAAUAGACCCAAUGUUUAUUCUCAGCUUUGCUCAACAGUCAUGCCUGGAUCAAGCUGACCACUGUUAACCCAUUCAACCAAUACUGUCUGUAAAUAUUAUAGAGUGGGCCUUUAAUUAACUUGUGCAAUGCAGAUUGGAUUGAAAAGCAAAAACCAGAUUUACGAUGCCUUGAUGCCUUUGCUAUCCUCUAUAAUAAUCCUAUAUACAGUGUAACAUUAUCAUGACUCUUAAUCUACUGCUUUCAAUCAUUUCUCUACUGCAUAUUUACCUACUCAUGACAUGCUUUCAGAUAAUAACCUUUGACCUAUACUAACUCCUGUUAACCCUUUCUACUCUCUUCACUUCCUGCUUUUCUGCCGGCCUAUAACACUGUCACCAAUAGGAUGACGAGGAGGGCAUUUGGGCAUAAUCGUGUCCAUGAUGACAACCAAAGCUCUGACGUUCUGAGGGGUGAGAUGUUUUGAAACACAGAUUUUUCCUACCUUUUCGCUUUCACUUCCUGUUUUCUCUUCGGUUCUUCUGUUCUAUAUCUCUGUGUUAGGAGUGUGCUGUGGUUUUAUUUGUUUAGCUAACUGAUGAGUAUCUCUCUCUCUGUCUGUGUCUGUGUCUCUCUCUCUCUCUCUCUCUCUCUCUCUCUCUCUCUGGGUCCUAGAUGAUUCAGUCACUAUUGGAAGAGCACAGCCAUGCCAUGAUGCUGAAACACAUUGACCAAACAUUUGUUACCGCCACACAAUCCACACUUCAAAAUGGGGCCUUUAUUUUUUACUGAGGAUGAGGAAGAUGAUGAAGCAGGUGGGAGGGCCAGACGAAGACACUGAUAGUUGAGCAGGUAAAAUGUAUUUCUAGAUUCAGUAACACUUGAUUUGGAGAGUCCCCUUUAGGUGUAACUUUCCGAAAAUUCCUUGGUUUUCCAGAAAUCGCGGUUGGAAGAUUCCUGGAUUUCCUGAUUAUUCACUCCUAAUUCCAGGAAUCUUUCAAGUGGGAUAUCAGGAAAACCUGGGAAAGUUACCUGAAUUUUGCAAUCCUAGUCCCCUUACAGAAUGUUUGUAGUCCCCUGUUGCUCAGUUGGUAGAGCAUGGCACUUGCAACGUCAGGGUUGUGGGUUCGUUUCCCACGGGGGGCCAGUAUGAAAAUGUAUGCACUCACUAACUGUAAGUCGCUCUGGAUAAGAACGUCUGCUAAAUGACUAAAAUGUAAAAUGUUGUAGAUAUAGGAUAAAGCACUGUGAGUUACUGUUUAGUAACUGUUUAGUGUUCAUUCAACAAUCACUGUAAAAGGACAGGAACGACUGUAGUGCUAAUUGCACCAUUGUGUGUAUUUUUACAGAUGACUGAGGAGCCAUCAUGUGAAGAGCACUCUACAGACAUUAGAGAAACUGGUCAGCUCUUUGAGAGUGACUCUGUGGAGGAUGAGUGGCCCUACACAGACACAGAGGUGCUGUCUGUGAAGUUAGACUGGGUUGGACAGACUGGGUCCCCCUCAGACAGACACAGACAGACAGAUGAGCUGUCUGGUCUCAGCUCCGUGGUCCUGCUCACACAACCAAACUCACACAGCCGCUCUGGCCCAGUUGUGAAGCUGCACAGCUCCCCUGUCCGUCCGUCCCCAAUCUCACCAACCUGCAUCUAAUUGGUUCACUCUCCUGACUCCACCUUGCUUACCUGAGCUGCCCUGUUUACCUGAUUUGCCCCGCCCUAUUCAUCCCAGGCUGGCUCUGAUUGGCUCCCCUGCCUGUCAGUCUCCUCCCUACUGACAGUAUUCACAGCACUUCGUUUACUCAUAUGUUGUUUUUUGUUGUUUUCUCUUUUUCAGAAAUAGCCUGCUCUCUUCCCACAUAUUUUAGGAAGUGCCAUACAGUUACAGCUUCAGUUAACUUUUAAAUUGUUGUGCUACUUGUUUUUAUCUUCUAAUUACCUUUUGUUGAGAGUGUUUCAUCUGCAGUACUUGACUAUGGCUAUGAUUGCUUUGUGUUAAGUGCAUCAGAACAAGGAAGAGGAACCAAUAGGCAGCCACUACAGCUCUUAUCAGACCAAUAGGCAGCCACUACAGCUCUUAUCAGACCAAUAGGCAGCCACUACAGCUCUUAUCUGACCAAUAGGCAGCCACUACAGCUCUUAUCUGACCAAUAGGCAGCCACUAAAGCUCUUAUCGGACCAAUGGGCAGCCACUAAAGCUCUUAUCGGACCAAUGGGCAGCCACUGGCCUUGCCUCUAGUACUGAAAGUUUACUUGUGCUGUUAAUGUGCAGUCUGGCAUGGCCUUAUGGGUAGGGCCCUGUAGUAGGGGUUUGCAGGGCCUUUGGGCUUAGGGCUGCCAACUGUGUAUCUAUCCUGUUACCUCGGUUGAUAACCAGACACAGUCAGAACUCCAAUCUAUGCAGACGUCAGAACUAAUAAUGCAGCUUUUAUCCAGUCAUGAGUCAAGGGCACCAAUCAAAAAGCAUUUAGAUGUCUUAAACCAGUACCAGUACCAAUCAGAAUGGUAUUUUCAGAACAUACACCAAUCAGAUUACAUGAUGGUGUGUUUCUCAACGUUAUAUGCACCUAUGCACCUCCUCCUCCCCUGUUUCAGGGAUACUUCUAAUGGUGCUUUUAGAUCACUGGUGCUCACAACAUGAUGUUCUACCAGAGACACAGCCAAGGGACAUGGCCAUUGGACAUUGUGCAACCAUGUCACUAAAUAGGGAUGUUGAUCCCAAAACCUGGCUUGCUUAUGAACUGUAGAAGACUGUAUUGUAUGUAGGAUCAGCUGGAGAGACUCUGAGAGAAUGGGACAGGAAUAUAUACAUUUAAUGCCAUCCAUGGGCACCCAGGUGUAUGAGAUUUCCUGCCAUACCUUUAUAGUCCUCUCUCCCUCCUCCCUCCUCUUCUUCAUCCUCUCGUCUCCUCCUUUCUUCUUAUCUUUCAGCAGUCAGUCUGUGCUAACCCAAACCCAAACCUAGUGACUCGUUCAUAUUGUAUACAUAUUAUAGAUAUAUAUAGAGAGAGAUCUAUAGUCUAUAUGUGGUCAGAAUACUGUGUCAGAAAAUAAUAUUGAGGAUAAAAAUACAUGGUUUUGUAUUUUUCAAACUGGCCUGAGGAUAAAAAAACAUUAAUUGUGUGGAGUAACAUUUGUGACUUUCCGCUGUUUUGUACAUUCCAAGAAAAACUUAGCAGCAAGUAACAUUCCCUGUAUGAAAACAGACUGGCUCUCACAAAGGAAAGUCUGGCCUAAGGAACCUUGAGACACAGUCCAAAGGAAAGAAGACCAUUCCAUUCUCAUUUAGAAGAGCUGUUACAUUCCUGUUGCAGUGUGAUAAAUAUUUUUUGAGACACACACACUCACUAUAGUAUCAAUGAGAUUAUUUCUGAAACUUGCACUUGGGAGUGAGGACUAUCACUACCAUCGUUAAAGUGGAGGUUUGGAGUGACUCCGUGGUUGCAGAUGCAUUAUCCAGACAGUCUCUGUGUUGUGUGUUUGUUUGUUGUCGUCGUCAAUGUCAUUGUCCCGGUGUAUCCAGAUGUGGUGACAUACGUGACAGUUGAGUGUGUAGAGAACAACAAAAACCCUUCCAUUGGCAAAACACUCCCCCUCCACCACUACCACCACUCCCCCUCCACCACUACCACUCCCCCUCCACCACUACCACCACUCCCCCUCCACCACUACCACUCCCCCUCCACCACUACUACCACUCCCCCUCCACCACUACCACCACUCCCCCUCCACCACUACCACCACUCCCCCUCCACCACUACCACCACUCCCCCUCCACCACUACCACCACUCCCCCUCCACCACUACCACCACUCCCCCUCCACCACUACCACCACUCCCCCUCCAGCCUCCAUCCUCCAUGGUGUGUGUGUGUGUGUGUGUGUGUGUGUGUGUGUGUGUGUGUGUGUGUGUCUCCUUGUGGCUGAUAUCGUGACUGUUGUAGAAAGGUGCCCCAUUCUCCAACGGGUACCAAACAAAACGUGA